AUAAGAUUUAAAACCAUGAAGAACCACACUCCAUACCAGUCGGUGGCGGUAAUGCACAUCAUAACGUUAUUUGCCAACUGCCAAAAAAUAACACAGAAGAAGAAGAGGUCCCUCCGAGGACGAUGAGAACCAGGAGCUCCAAGAAGGGACACAUAGCUCUGAUUCUGGCUAGAGGGGGGAGCAAAGGGAUCCCGCUGAAGAACAUCAAGAAGCUGGCUGGGUUCCCCCUCAUCGUCUGGGUGCUGAGAGCGGCCAUCGAUUCCAAGAUUUUCGAAAGGAAUUUACAUACUGGGAGGACUUGUUGCUCAAAGAUAUCUGUUUCGCUUUACAGUAUAUGUGUCUGGGUGUCAACAGACCACGAUGAGAUUGAAAAAGUUGCCAAAUCCUGGGGGGCCAAAGUCCACCGCAGGAGCGAGAAAGUCUCCAGGGACUGUUCCACUUCUCUGGAGACCAUACAGGAGUUUCUCAAGAACCACCCAGACGUGACGGUGGUCUGUAACAUCCAGGCUACAUCUCCGUGUCUCCACCCGUCUCACUUACAGGAGGCCCUGAAGAAGAUGAUUGACAAGAAAUGUGACUCAGUCUUCUCUGUGGUCCGGAGAUACCAGUUCCGCUGGAAGGAGGUCAGGAAGGGAAGCAACAUAAAAACUAAGCCGGAGAAUCUGGACCCUGAGAAUCGUCCGCGGCGUCAGGACUGGGAUGGAGAGCUCUAUGAGAACGGCUCGUUUUACUUCGCCACCAGAGACCUCAUCAUGAACAAAACGGGGCGCUUGAAGAAGAAUAGAUGCUUGCAGGGCGGUAAGGUUGCCUACUUUGAGAUGGAGCCACAGCACAGCGUGGACAUCGACGUGGACAUCGACUGGCCCGUGGCAGAGCUGAAGGUUCAGAGGUACGGUUACUUCGGCCGGGAGAGAGGAGCUACUGAAGGAUGUGUCCCUACAUCGGCAACGAUACAGCAGACGCCAGCUGUCUGAAGCUGGCGGGUCUGAGAGCCGUACCUGCCGACGCUCCAUUCACAUUGACAAAAACUUAUCGGGUAAGAUCGGGCGCAUCCCCGCAAAGGAACGAGCAGCGAGAAGAGGAGCUUGCAAAAGGAUCGCACCCACCCUGUCACCUGAGUGUCUUGUUUUGAGAGUUCUUUCUUGGUGGUUUAGUUCCUGAGGUCAACAAAAGAAACAGAAAUAAAACUAUUAUAUCUGUA